UUCUCCGAUAAACCCUCGGGAGCCUGUCACGGUUGAGACAAAAACCCACCCCUCUCCUCGCCCAACUCCAACAGCUCCCCUUGCGAGUUGUUACAGACUGAGCAACUCCACAAUGGCCGACUCAGAAGUAAAACACUCGAAGAAGAAAAAGAGAAAGCUAAGAAAUCCUCAGGAAGAUAAAAAAAGGGCUUCGAAAACCCCCCGCGCCGAUGCCUUGGAGAAAGAGAGAGAGCCAAUGAAAGAGGCCGUACAGAGAGAAGAACCAAACCACGAGCUCGAAGAAGGUCGUCCAUGGAGGAAUCUUCAGUUAAUAUUGUCAAUCCAGGACAGAGACCUAGAUGUUCAAAGGAAAGUAGAACUUGCUUAUGAUUUCGUGAAUUUGAGAGCUAAUGAACAAAGUGAAGACAGUAAUCAAGGUUUUGAGACACUGAGCAUUUCACGCCUAGUUGUUUUUCUUAAUAAAUGGGUACAGUCAUUGUUGAUUUCUUCAGCAAAGAAAAUUAGGGUUGGCGGGGAUGAACCUCGGUCCAAGGUUAUUGGGUCCUGUUUGGAUUUUCGCUGCUGGCAUAUUUUCAAAUUUUGCUUGGGGGAGUCUUUGAAAUGGAAGGUUUCCUUGAGCUUCUCGCGGGAUCUUUUACGGGCUAUUUGCUGCAUUGCAAGCAACGCAUUGUCCUUGAUAAAUGAUGCAUCCGUGCAUUCAAAAAAAUCAUUGUUUAUUGGUGAAGGAUUUGAAUUGUACAGCAUUGCUCUUGACUGUGUUUCGUUGGUAUUCUCAUCCUGUGCUGGGGUGUUGAAUCCUAAUUUAGAUUUAUGGAUUUUGACUGUUGAUGCUGUGGUUGAGGCUGUCUGCAAAAUUUAUGAUGAUAAUCUUGGUGGUGGAAGUUCUGAGGCUUUUGUUACGCGGUUGUCAUGUUUGGUGCUAGAGGCAUUUGCCAAGUUCUUGAGGGUCCACCCAUGUCGCAAAAAUGGAUUUCGUGAUUUUAUAGAUACACUUAUUCCGCCACUGCUACAUUUGUUGGAUGUGUUGCAUUUUCAGGUAGAUGGCAAUAAUUCUGGGCAGAGAAGAAGCCUACAGAAUUUAGUUCGGGAAGUUUUGUCUCAUGGGUUAUUUCAUCCUGCUCACAUGGAUGGAUUCCUCAGCAUACGUAGUAUGGAAAAGUGUGUUGCACCCAAUGAUGGAAAACAGAAAGACACAAAAACAGUUAUUGUAAGUUAUCAUAGACAUCUAUUUGGUAGGUUGGAAAAAAUUGUGGCUGGCAAGAAUGUAGUGGCAUUAGGAGGCAUAAGAGAGCUGUUUCAUGUGUUUGUUGAUGUAGUAAAAAGGCAAAAAGGAGUUUCAGGACUACCUGAAGGUUCUAAGAUGAUAGGGAAAGAUGGAGGUUCAAGGUGCUUGGAUGACAAUACUUUGCCUAAAAUGUUUAAUGGGAAUAGUGAUUUUGUAAUACAGAAGCGUUCUCAUGCAAGUUAUUUGAAAGCAGAGACACGGAAAACAAUUUUUGAUUUCUUUGUAAAGAUUAUGGAGCCUUUGUUGCAAGAGAUUAAUAGUUAUGUUCAAGCUAAACUGGAUGUUGGACCCUUGUUGUGGGAUGUUCACUGCAUAGUCAGAUCUACCACUAAGUUACUUGCCAGCUUUAUGCAUGAGAAGAUAUAUGUGCGAACGGAGGAUACCUCUGAAGGAACUUAUCUUAAUUUCUUGAAGGCGGGUUAUGAUUUAAUUAUGUCAUUUUCCACUAAAAUAAAUGAAAUUUGGCUGUUGACAUUUGAUGCUGAUAAUGGAACCCAUAUGGAAACAUUAAAUUUAAUAGCCAAAGAACUUAUUGUCGCUGUCAGGUAUUUCUUAGAAAUUGAAUAUGAGGUUGUUGGGAAUGAUUUGGAUAGGCUAUGGCUUAUGAUGCUGUCAUAUUUGGUCAUUGACCAUUCUUUGGUGAAUGCACGAGAUCGAUGCAUGUUAACUUCAGAAAUAGUGGACCUUGGAUGCCAGUUGAUUAAUCUAUAUGGCGAACUUCGACAGGUGAAUAUUACUAUUUUUUCACUCUGUAAAGCGGUGAGGCUUUUAGUAUUACGUGAAAGCAAUGGUGAAAAGAAUUGUUCCAGAUACUUGUCCUGCACGAAUUCUUUAUCCUAUGAAGCUUAUGCAAAAUCAAUGGGAAUGCUAUUGUGCUCACAACAGUUUAGGCUUGCCAUUUACAAUGCUAUGAAAUCUGUGCCCGAAGGACAAGCAGGUGGAUGUAUUCACCACCUAACAAUGGAUAUUUCUGAAUCCCUAGAAUGGCUGAAAAUUAGUUGUUCUGUAAAUACUCCAGCAGAAUUUGGUGAAUUGAAUGUGAAAAAUUGUAACAUGCCGGACUUUGAUCUCCAAGCAGAAAUUUUGGGAAGAGUGUUGUCUGAAAUGUAUACACUAGUUCUUGAUUCACUGACGGCCACCCCAGGGAACAGCCAUGUUAUCGGCAUUUCUAUAGAAGGCCUGAUGACAGUAUUACGCCCCAGCUUGAGUCAUCUGGUUGCACAGUGGCCGGAUGGUGUUGAUGUGAAUAAGUUCCUUUUUUCCAUCACUGGAAGAACUCCAAAUAGUAGAGUGUUUGGAUGCAAAAAUGACUUGCAGACUUUUGGACAGUCAAUGCACUGGGUUUUUCUGUUCUUCUUUCGAUUGUACAUGUCCAGCAGAAGUUUAUAUCGACAAGCAAUCAGCCUAGUGACUCCAGAUGCUUCAAGAAAGAUGUCGGCAAUAAUGGGGGAUUCAUAUACUGCCUACUCUGGAAGGGAUUUGAUGGAGAGGACUGAUUGCAAAGAUGAAGGCUAUUUCUUUUGGAUAGCUCAACCUUCAGUUUCACUCCUCACUGUCAUACGAUCCAUUUUGGACAUUUAUUCUCAGGAUGGUGAUCCAAGUUGCGUGCCCUUGAUUUAUGUGCUGCAUGCUUUGGCCUUACAGAGGCUUGUUGAUUUGAAUAGGCAGAUAAGGUCUCUUGAAUAUUUAAUGCAGAGGAAUGAUCAACUGGUACAAAUAAAGUUGAUGGAUGAUACUGAUGUGUCUCUAUAUAGUAGAAAAAGGAAAAAGUGGAAAAGAAGUAUUUCAGCUUUCAGGGAAGAAGCUGCAAGUUUGACAAGUUUCAUGAUGGAUUACCUCCCACUUGUAGGUAAAAAGAAAUCAUCUAGCUUGGUUUGUAAUGGUGUAGUAUCUAAUAAUGUAAAUACUCAGAAUCCAUGCGAAAGUGAUGCAUGGGAUUUGAAUAUUUGUACUGUAAAUGAGAAGUCAUUGCCUGCUGCAAUUUGGUGGAUUAUUUGUCAUAAUAUUGAUGUUUGGUGUGCUCAUGCUGCAAAGAAGAAGUUGAAGAUGUUCCUUUCACUUUUAAUCUCCAAUUCCCUUCCCUAUCUAAGAAGCAAUUUUGGGGUUGUUGGACUGCAGAAAUUCAGUGCACCUGUCCAUUUAAGUAAUAUCACCAUCUGUCAAGUUUCAUAUGAACUUCUCAAGGACAUGGUUCUGUAUGAACAACGACUUGUGCGCAGAUAUUUUGCAUCAAGAUUUUGCCGCAUUCUGGAGAAGAUAAUAUUAGAAAUAUUUUGCGAUUCUUCAUAUGGAGAUGUUGAUUUCAAUUCACCACCUAGUUGGCAAAAAGUUUUAAGCACUCUUGACAACUCAUCAGCGGUUUUCUCCGGCAACAAGCCUUUUUCUCAUGGAUGUUCUUUGCUGGAAAAACCGAGUUCCAGUUCAUGUAACAAGCUGCCUGAAGAAUGUUGUCAGGAGCACAAGGCUCCUGCUGUAAUCAGCAUGGAAAUCAAAACAUGUCAGAGUUUGCUUAGUCUUUUGUGUUGGAUGCCGAAAGGGUAUUCAAGUUCUAGAUCAUUCUCACUUUAUGCUACUUAUAUUCUUAACCUUGAAAGGCUUGUAGUUGGCAGCUUAUUAGGCAGUCCUAGUGCAUUAUACUUGCAUCAUUAUGAGCUUGUCAGACUGUUUGUAUCCUGUCGGAGGGCCCUGAAAUAUCUAAUAGUGGCAUCUUGUGAGGAUAAAAUGGAAGGUAGUCAAUCCCCAGUGACUCAAAUGCUAUCUGAAGGCCCCUUGCCUGGUUUGUGGCUUUCAAAGUCAGUACUUGCGGUGGUUGGAAUUCAAAAUGCGUUUUCAGAAGAUAGUGCUAGUCAAGUAAAACAUUUGAUCUUCUCAUUGAUGGAUAACACCUCCUAUGUAUUUUUGACAUUAAACAGAGCUCAUUCUAGUCUUGCGGUUCACCAUCUUAUGAAUGCCAAAAAGCCUUGUGAUGAGCAACUUGGUUUUGGUACUCUCCAUGAAAAGAGUUGUUUAAUUGAAUUGGAUUCAUGUUUGGACGACUCUGAAGGUAUUGAUGCAUGGAAAACUGUGGUCUUUCUUGCCAAAACUUUGAAGGAACAGAUAAGUAUCUUACUUGUUCCCCUGAAGAAUUCGAUCUGUGAUGCUGAAAGAAAGGGACUUGUCAGUGUUCUGGAUUUGAAUAAACUAUCUUCUAUAAUUUCUUGCAUUCAAGGGUUUCUUUGGGGUCUGGCAUCUACCAUCAAUCGCGUAGAAGCUAAAAAUUUUAAUCUUAAAAUUAAAUUGUUUGGAGGAAAGUGUGAAUCGAUCUCUGAACUCAACAGUUGUAUAGAUGUGUUUGUAGAUUCUUUUUAUUUUUUGUCAUGCAUGUUGUUUCUUGAUAAUGGUCAAUUGCCUGAAAACUUAGACAAUGUUCAAAGUUUUCCCAAAUCAAACCAUAAAAGUGCUUCAUCAGCUGCAGAAGAAUCUUCACUUACAGCCCCUGCUGGUGAGAGCAACAUAUUAUGCAGAAGACAACAAUUCAAUUCAGAAAUUUCAAGCAGAUGCUCAGCGUCAUUUGACAUUGACAAUGACACUGAAUCUUCUAGUGUCUGGAGGAAAAUGUUUCAGUCAGACAAGGGAGAAUGUGCUGCCACUCUUUUGGCUGAGUCUGAUAUAUUUGAGUUGCGACGUGUAAACAUUCAUUUUCUGCUAAGCUUGUUAAAAGGUGAAAAUCCUGAAGCAGCAAUUUUACUCAGACAACUAUUUAUUGCCUCUUCAGCAGUGCUGAGGCUUCAUUUGCUGAUCUACUCUACUCCCUUGUUAUCAAGGUUGGUGCCUACUUUUCUUGGCUUUUCACAGUUCUUGUUAUUGGAGUUGUCUGAUAUGGUUGAUGAGCCCCAACCAUUUUCUUUUGUUUGGUUAGAUGGUGUUUUAAAGUUUCUGGAAGAACUAGGGGGUCAUUUUCCUUUAACCAAUCCUGCUCUUUCUAGAACUAUCUAUGCCAAGCUGAUAGAUUUGCACUUAAAGGCCAUUGGAAGAUGCAUUUCUUUACAGGGUAAAAGAGCUACUUUGGCAUCUCAUGACAUGGAGUCGAGUGCUAAGACGCUUGAUGGCCAUAUAGAAUCGCAUAAGUCAUUUCUUUCUCAGGGGCUUCAUUUUAUAGAUGAAUUCAAAACCAGGUUGAGGAUGUCAUUCAAAGAGUUUAUCAAAAAACCAUCAGAGUUGCAUCUGUUGUCUGCAGUACAGGCUUUAGAGAGAGCAUUAGUUGGAGUGCAGGAAGGCUCCUUGAUGAUCUACCAGAUAAAUACUGGAAGUGCUGGUGGGGGAAAGGUUUCCUCAUUUGUUGCAGCUGGCAUUGACUGCUUGGACUUGGUUCUUGAGUUUGUUUCAGGACGCAAACGCCUGAAUGUGGUUAAAAGACACAUUCAAAGCUUUAUCAGUUGCCUCUUCAACAUAGUUCUGCACUUGCACAGUCCGUUCAUAUUCUAUGGCAAAUUAGAGCAUAAAGGGGGUGUAACUGAUCCAGAUUCAGGAUCUGUCAUUCUAAUGUGUGUUGAGGUACUGACAAGAAUCUCUGGAAGACAUUCUUUGUUCGAAAUGGAUUCCUACCAUGUGGCCCAUUCCUUACGUGUACCUGCAAUGCUUUUUCGUGAUUUCCAUCAACUUAGACUUUCCAAAGCUCCAGCUACAUCUAAUUCUUUAUCUUCCUCGGAUAGCCAAGACUGCAAUAUUCUAGCAAGUGAGAAUUCCUGUACUGUGGAUCGACGAUUCUUGAUAUACCUAUAUGCUGCAUGUUGCCGACUACUGUACACUGUCCUUAAGCGUCACAAAAGUGAGUGCGAAAAAUGCAUUGCCCUACUUGAAGAAUCAGUUUGUGUUCUCCUUCAGUCUUUGGAGAUGGAGGGGACUGAUUCAGAUGUCAGUAAAGGUGAUUUUGUGUGGCAACUGCCAGACGGAGUAACGUGUGCAUCAUUUCUGCGAAGGAUUUAUGAGGAGAUAAGACAGCAAAAAGAUGUCUUUGGUCGACACAGUUACAAGUUUUUAUCUAGUUACAUAUGGAUUUAUUCAGGAUAUGGUCCCCUUCAAACAGGCAUUAAAAGGGAAAUAGAUGAAGCUUUGAAACCAGGCGUGCAUGCUUUAAUAGAUGCCUGUUCAAAAGAUGAUCUUCAACGUAUUCAUACUUCAUUUGGAGAGGGUCCUUGCCGAAACAGACUGGCUACAUUGCAACAUGAUUACAAAGUGAAUUUUCAAUAUGAGGGCAAAGUUUGAUUUGGAUGUUUCCCACCUUAUAUCAGCCAAAAAUGGUCUCUUUUAUUCCCGAGACUGGGGAGAUGUACAUUGUGAUAUUGUUUUUGGUAGAUGCAGGUUAUAUUGGAUUUAUUUUUUCUCUCUGCUGUCAACAAAAGAGUGUAUAGAAAACGAAGACCAUUUCAUUCAGCUGAAACACACCAAAAUUCCCAACUAGCUUCAAGUCCAAUGAUCAACUAAUGUGUAUAUACAGGCAGUUAGGUUUGUAUCAUUUUUAUAUUUCAUGUGUAAAAUGGCUCUAUAAUCAAUUUUGAAAUGCAUAUUCUGAUGUUUAGAAAAUAAAAUCCCAUCUCUU